GGGCGAGGCGGGGCCAGGAGGGGGCGGGGCAAUUGUGGCUUCAGGGUCUGGCAUAUCGAUGGCGUGGUUUUGCAUUCUGGGAAGUAGGACGCGUCCGGUGGUCUCCUGGGUGACUGCCGUUGAGUGUGCGGCAGCGGCGGGAGCCAGAAGGUGCCUGGAAGGGGGCCUAGAGUGGGCGUUUGGUGGGGUCCGCAGUUUCAGAAGCGCUGCUGCAGCCAUGGCCCCGAUCAAGACCCACCUGCCAGGGUUUGUGGAGCAGGCCGGAGCUCUGAAGGCCAAGGGCAUCCAGGUGGUGGCAUGUUUGAGUGUUAAUGAUGUUUUCGUGACUAAAGAAUGGGGACGAGCCCACAACACGGAAGGCAAGGUUCAGCUCCUGGCUGACCCCACUGGGGCCUUUGGGAAGGAGACAGAUUUGUUACUAGAUGAUUCAUUGGUGUCUCUCUUUGGGAAUCGACGGCUCAAGAGGUUCUCCAUGGUGAUAGAGGAUGGCAUAGUGAAGUCCUUGAAUGUGGAGCCCGAUGGCACAGGCCUCACCUGCAGCCUGGCCCUCAACAUCAUCUCACAGCUCUGAGGCCUCAGGCCCAGACGUGUUCCUUCCACAUUCCCUAUUUCACCUACCCACCCCUGGGCAGGGGGCCCUAACCCAGCCUCAACUGUGGCCACCCAGUUGGAACCUUGGCCAGAUUUCUGCAAUAAACACUUCUGGUUUACGUCUGUC